AAGUAACGCAGUGACAUGUCUCGCUUGUUCUCGAAUUUUUACUGUCACCUUCCGUUUCAUCGAUUCACCGACGAUUUGUCUACCUUCGCCUCGUUUCUCUUUAAUAUUUUCCACUUCAAAACUAUGAUCAGUGACGAAAAAAGCACUUGACCCAAUAUGCCACCAGAUAGACCAGAUGCAUCAGGUGUGGAAACUGGCAUAGGACUAAGUAGUACGAAAGUUUUCAAUUUUGGAGAAACAGUAUACACAAUGAAAGAAAAAGAAAAUGCAAGUGCUUUCGUUGAAACAAAUUCAACUGAUGAACUUUCCAUGUCUGAUAAGUCCAUUGAGAAAAAUAGUCAGUCGGAUGAUGAUCUGACUUCCUUAAGCUGGCUUCAUCAGCAGAAUCUGUUGAAGGGUUUGGAUAUUUCAAACCCCACUAAAGACAUGAAGAAUGAGAAUGUUUUGAAUAACAAUGUUUGUGAUGAUAUGGCAGACUUUUCUGAAAACACCAAUUCUGUAUCCAGUUUGGAUGAAGGCUAUUGUCCAGCAGAUAAUAAUAGCAAGAUAAAUAAUACGACGCCGCAUGGUAAUAGUCAAAACUAUCAACACUCGAAUAAAAAUAGUCAAAAAUCAAUGCAAAUCUUUCAGGAGUCGGUAAAAAAUCAUUAUAGUACCUCGCAAAACAAUCAGACGAAGAUAUCAUUGAACAACAAUAAUCUGCCAGUUUCAAAUCGCAACAAACACCCAACUCAUAUACCAUAUGAUCCUCACUUACAUAGAAACAGUAAACCACCAUAUUCAUUUUCUUGUUUAAUUUUCAUGGCUAUUGAAGAUAGUCCUGUAAAAGCUCUACCAGUCAAGGAAGUAUAUGCUUGGAUUUUGGAUCACUUUCCAUAUUUUAGGAAUGCUCCAACUGGAUGGAAAAAUUCUGUUAGACAUAAUCUAAGCCUAAAUAAGUGCUUUCGUAAAGUAGAGAAAGCACCGAAUUUGGGCAAAGGUUCGCUAUGGAUGGUAGACGCCCAGUAUCGACCAAACCUGAUACAAGCAUUAUCUCGCGCUCCUUUUCCUCCACCGACUGCUCAAACUUUGUCUUCCCCUGAAAAACCACAAAAAAAGAACACUAGUACACGUCUACCUGAUCCUAUCCUCUUCCCAUAUCUCUCUAAAAGACUGGCAUCGAGCAACAUUACCGACAACACAGACACUGAAGUAGAUAGCGAUGUAGACGCAGCUGCAGCUGCUAUGCUUUCUUUUAAACACGGACCUAUUAUUUUAAAUCACAAUAAAGAUCGUAAGCGGAAAGUACCGGAAUCCGAGGUUCUGGUUCCUGUAAUUACCAGGAGCUCCAGCGAAGAUCAUACUUACAGUUGUAUUACCUCAGUCAAGCAAGAAAGUAAAUAUCCAAGAAAGGAAACAAAUCCCGAUUUCGAUGAGCAACGGAAGAUAGCGGAAGGCGCGGACGCGCUUUUAAAUUUAGCAGGUGUUACCACACCACUCAAUCACAAUAGGACACAUCACGUACAAGGUAUUAACUCGACGCCAAAGUCCGAUGGUACGUCAAAGCUGAAAAAACGUUCAGCUUCGAAUGAUUAUUCGAACACACCUGAAAAAAGACGUAAGCAUUGGCCAAAGUGGAGUGAAGGGAAGCGGUAUUUAAAGCAAAUUAUAUAAGAAUACUUUGGUUGUAUGUACGUAUAUAGCAUCACAAGUUUCCUAUUUUUCUUUUCCAUAUUCAAACGUGAACUUUUCAAAAUUCUAUCUUCGGUAUGGAUUUCGAAACUGUGGAUUUAAAAUCUUGCGUUGCUGAUAAUUAAUCUGUUGUCUUUUGGAUAAGAUUAACGUUAAUGAAGAUUUGCAUCGAAGUUAUCGCCAUUGUUAGGCAUCUAAGAUGAAAAAGUGAGAAGAACACGAUAUGUUCUGUCAUAUUAGAAGAAAAACAUCUAUCAGGUGCAUUUCUAUUUAAAAAAAAAAAAAGUGUUGAGGCAAAGGGAGGGGAGUAAAAGAAAAGAAAACAAAUUGGCGGUCGCUCAGGGUUCAGAACUCGCUAUAUGCCAAAAUGAAUUCAGUAGCACUAAGCAACAAGCAAUAAUAGAAGAAUAGUGUUAAAAGAAAGAAAAAAAUUACUUCCUCAACGUUAAGGCAUGAAUACAACUAUAAGUGGUUCAUGGAA